CGUUCACCGCCACCUCCCGCCACCGCCCAUUUUUUUUUUAUUCUUGACUUCCUUCCCCUUGAUUUCUUGCAUACUGCCUACCAAUCUCCCCAUCACUUUUUUGUUUCCUUUCCUGUUCUUGUUCCUUUUCUUUCUUCCUCCUUUUUGUCUUCUGGUGAUCCUCUUCAACCCUUUGCCACUGCAACCAGCGCCACCGCCACCGCCACCGCCACCGCUACCGCUCACUGACUUCGCCACUGUCAUAUACGACAAUCUCCGAGCAAAUGGGGGACCUGAGGGCAUGGGUCUCGGAUAAGUUGAUGUCUCUUCUCGGAUAUUCACAGCCUACAGUUGUUCAAUAUGUCAUUAGUAUAACUAAAAAGGCUUCAUCGCCUGCAGAAGUUGUGAAUACGCUUGUAGAACUGGGGUUAUCAUCUUCUAGAGAAACUCAGGCAUUUGCACAACAAGUUUUUGCUCGAGUGGAGCAUAAGGCUUCUGGGCCAAGUCUUUAUCAGCAAAGAGAGAGAGAGGCAGCAAUGUUGGUCAGGAAGCAGAGGGCUUAUACGCUCAUAGAAGCUGAUGAUGAGGAGGAUGAUGCUGGAGGUUCAGUUGGCAAUAAGUCUGCUUCUAUGGCCACCCAAUCCCGGAAAGAAGAUAACCGUAAUAAAAAGUUCAGGAAGAGGGCUGAGCCUCAGGAAGAUGAUGAGGGUGAUGACGAGGAAGUGGGAAAUGGGAAAGAAGAAAGAUCUGUGAGAAGACGGACUUCCAAGGAUGAUAGUGACGGUUCUGAGUCAGAAGAAGAAAGAUUGCGUGAUCAAAGAGAAAGGGAGGAACUGGAGCGGAACAUUAGAGAAAGGGAUGCAGCAGGGACCAGAAAGUUGACUGAGCAAAAAUUAACAAAAAAGGAGGAAGAAGAGGCAAUCCGGAGGUCACAAGCAUUGGAGAAUGAUGAAAUUGAAACUCUGAGAAAAGUUUCAAGGCAAGAAUAUUUGAAGAAAAGAGAGCAAAAGAAGCUUGAGGAACUCAGAGAUGAUAUUGAAGAUGAGCAAUACUUAUUUGAUGGUGUGAAGCUUACUGAAGCAGAAUACCGUGAUCUAAGAUACAAGAAAGAAAUAUAUGAGCUUGUCAAGAAGCGGACUCAGGAUGCUGACGACGUUAAUGAGUAUAGGAUGCCUGAAGCCUACGACCAAGAAGGUGGCGUAAAUCAAGAGAAGAGGUUUUCUGUUGCUCUGCAGCGUUACAGGGAUCCAAAUGCUGCAGAAAAAAUGAAUCCAUUUGCUGAACAAGAAGCAUGGGAGGAACAUCAGAUAGGAAAGGCAACUCUAAAAUUUGGGUCAAAAAAUCGAAAGCAAAAAUCUGAUGAGUAUCAAUUUGUUUUUGAAGACCAAAUUGAGUUCAUAAAGGAUACAAUAAUGGAUGGUGAAAAUGUUGAUCAAGAGUCUUCCAUUGAGGAACUCAACAAAUCUAUUGCCAAAUCAGCAUUUGACAAACUUCAGGAUGAUAGGAAAACGUUGCCUGUGUAUCCAUACAGAGAUGAAUUGCUUCAAGCUAUUAAUAAUCAUCAGGUUCUCGUUAUUGUUGGAGAAACUGGUUCUGGAAAGACUACUCAGAUACCUCAAUAUCUUCAUGAGGCAGGCUAUACCAAGCGCGGAAAGAUCGGAUGUACCCAGCCACGUCGAGUUGCUGCUAUGAGUGUUGCUGCUCGAGUUUCUCAGGAGAUGGGAGUCAAGCUUGGGCACGAGGUUGGUUACUCUAUUCGUUUUGAAGACUGUACAUCAGAGACAACAGUUUUGAAGUACAUGACGGAUGGAAUGUUGCUGCGGGAAUUCCUGGGUGAACCCGAUCUUGCUAGUUACAGUGUGGUGAUGGUGGAUGAGGCCCAUGAAAGAACAUUGUCAACUGAUAUUCUGUUUGGCUUGGUCAAGGAUAUUGCUCGAUUUCGUCCUGAUCUCAAGUUGCUUAUUUCAAGUGCCACUCUGGAUGCUGAGAAAUUCAGUGACUACUUCGAUUCUGCUCCAAUUUUUAAAAUUCCAGGACGGCGAUUUCCUGUUGAGAUACAUUAUACUAAGGCACCAGAGGCUGAUUACUUGGAUGCAGCAAUUGUCACAGCCCUUCAGAUUCAUGUUACACAACCACCUGCUGAUGGUGAUAUACUGGUAUUCUUAACUGGGCAGGAGGAAAUUGAAACGGCUGAGGAGAUUUUGAAACAAAGAACAAGAGGAUUGGGUACAAAAAUAGCGGAGUUGAUUAUAUGCCCAAUAUACGCCAAUCUACCAACAGAACUGCAGGCCAAAAUAUUUGAGCCAACACCUGAAGGGGCACGCAAAGUUGUUCUUGCAACAAAUAUUGCAGAGACUUCAUUGACAAUUGAUGGAAUAAAAUACGUUAUUGAUCCUGGAUUUUGUAAGAUGAAGUCUUAUAACCCUCGCACAGGAAUGGAGUCAUUACUGGUCACUCCUGUCUCUAAAGCGUCAGCAAAUCAACGGGCAGGUCGAUCUGGACGAACUGGUCCCGGGAAGUGCUUCCGGUUAUAUACAGCACAUAAUUACCAGUAUGACUUGGAAGAUAAUACUGUUCCUGAGAUACAAAGGACAAACCUGGCUAAUGUUGUGCUUACACUCAAGAGCCUUGGCAUUCAUGACUUGUUAAACUUUGACUUUAUGGACCCACCACCGGCUGAGGCCUUAUUGAAAGCCCUGGAAUUGCUGUACGCAUUAGGUGCACUGAAUAAGCUUGGUGAGUUGACAAAGGUGGGAAGAAGAAUGGCUGAGUUCCCUCUUGAUCCUAUGCUGUCAAAGAUGAUUGUUGCUUCUGACAAGUACAAAUGUUCGGACGAGAUAAUUUCUAUUGCAGCAAUGCUUUCUAUUGGGAAUUCAAUUUUUUACCGUCCAAAAGAUAAACAAGUUCAUGCCGACAAUGCACGGUUGAAUUUUCACAUGGGUAAUGUUGGAGAUCAUAUUGCACUGCUUAAGGUGUACAGUUCUUGGAAGGAAACCAACUUUUCAACUCAAUGGUGCUAUGAGAAUUAUAUCCAAGUCAGAAGCAUGAAGCGUGCUAGAGACAUAAGAGAUCAGUUGGAGGGGCUAUUGGAAAGGGUUGAGAUUGAAGUGACAUCCAAUGUCAAUGAUUUGGAAGCUAUAAAGAAGGCUAUAACAUCAGGCUUUUUCCCCCACUCUGCAAGGUUGCAAAAGAAUGGAUCAUAUCGAACUGUCAAACAUCCGCAGACUGUUCAUAUUCACCCGAGUUCAGGUUUAGCUCAGGUGCUUCCAAGAUGGGUUGUGUACCAUGAACUGGUGUUGACAACCAAAGAGUACAUGCGGCAGGUAACCGAACUAAAACCAGAAUGGCUGGUAGAAAUAGCUCCUCACUAUUACCAGUUGAAGGAUGUUGAAGACUCUACAUCAAAGAAAAUGCCUCGUGGAGAAGGCCGCACAUCGUAGGAUUCGUAUUCUUUAUUUAUACUAACAUGACUUCUGGGUUGAGAAGAUGAUUGCUCAUCUCAACUUUACUUCUGACCGUACUGAGGCAAAGAAUUUUAAGAAGAGUUGUAAAUUGUAAUCGAUCACAAGCUGUUGUGCUCUUGUAUAUAACAAUUUUGUAGAUUUUAGAUUUGUUUUUAAAUGCAAGAUGGCUUCUUUUUUGUCAUU